AUAGAGAGAGGAGAGCGGAACAGAUUUCCACCUCAUUUUAGCUGUUUCUUCAGUUGCACGGGAGUAAGAGGCUGCCGGCCGUGAGAGAGUGUACAGCAAGGCAGCCAUGUGGACGAAGGAUUCAAAGAAUGAUUCCGGGAAGCCCCAUCUAGACCCGGAACAACUUUCAAAGCUUCAGGAUCGCAACAAGCUGCUGGACAUUUUGGAGAAUCAGGGCCAGCAGAUCGUGGUCGUGGGGGACACCUCUUCAGGAAAGUCGACCACUAUCAACUUCUUGCUGGGCUACCCCUUCAAUUUCGUUGCACAGGGCAUUGGCACUCGGCGGCCAUGCGUCAUGACGCUGACUCCCGACCCUGAGCGAGAGAAGGUCCUGUUUCGCACAAAGUUCCAGAAAAACGACUACACCAAAGAGGAGGAUUUCACCUCCUUGGCUGAAGUUGCGAAUUUGGUGAAAAAUGUCAAUGAUCCUCGGUCUCAUCCAGAAUGGUUUGACUGCUUGAACGCGGACAGGGAGGCGUUUCGGGGCCAGAGUAUGGUCCGGCCGGACGAUGCAUUCGAUGAAACGCCGGUCUAUGUUCAGCUUUUUCACAAAGACAUCGACUGCCCCAUGCGGCUGGUGGAUGUGCCAGGUUUGAGUCGUGGGAAUCGACUGACUACGCGGAUUGCCCUGUCCUUCAUCAAGCCUGACAAUGCAGUCAUUUUGGUGAUCGGCAAGGACCAUCCGAACAACGGUGGCUUUCCUCACCUAGCAGCCGCAAUGAGGGAAUGCUCGCGAACCAUCGUCGUGCAAAACUUUGCAAAUACCAAGAUCUCAGACAAUCAGGUCACCGAGAACUACGCUGCCUUGUACGAGAAGAUGAACGGACGAAAUGACCUCGUCCUGUACUGCAUUGACUAUGGCUUGCCCUACGAGCCUGGGCUACCUCUUUGGCAAGAAGGAUACGACCAGCAAGACUGGCACAAGAUCAACAAGGAGCAAGGGCUGCAGUCAGUCCGUCGCGCCAUGGUUCAGCACACGGAAAUGAGGGCGAAACAGCUUCAAGAGCGGUACAAGGACAGCAAGGUCUUUUCGGACGCCAUUGUUCCCGGUCUCGAAUUGGUGCGUAAGAAGCUGAACGACUUUCAGUUCCAUGAUAUUGACGGGCACAUCACUCGACUACGAGAAGAGUUGCGGCGUCAGAUUGGAAAGAGGACUGCAGAAUUGGAGAGGGCCCAGAUCCGCGUGAAACAGCUGCAAUUUCCACCGGAGUGGGACAGCAUGCUUGCAUCCUUCGCUGCCACCGUGCGAAAGUAUCUUGAUUCAACACACUCUGCCACUGAGAUGUUUGACAUAGGGACAGGAGCUGUCAAAGAGGACGAAUCUGUUCUUUGGACAACUGAUGAUGAGGCAAAGAGAGCGGCGAAAGGAGCAAUGGACAGUCAUGACAGGCACGAUGAUGACGGACUAUCUUGGUUCAGUGCAGAUGUUGACCGAAAAAUCGUGAACCUCCUCACUGAGUUCACUGGCUUCGAGUCUGAACUUCGGAUAGCUUGCAUCCGGAGCUGGCAGCGGCUCGUUGACGAGUUCACUGGCAUGCUGGCCUUUGCACCGAUGCCCUGCGUGCCAGCAAGCCUCCAUGACAUGGCCAAGAUGAGAGUUGGAAACGGCCAGUCAGGUCAGCUGAACUUCACAGAGGAAACCGUCAAGGUGGUUGUGAGCCUUGGCGAGGACCCCAAGCACAAAGGCUUGGUGAGGCCCCUGGUGGAGCAACUGGAACGGCGCAUGCGCUUGCUGGUAGAGAGGGACUAUCGCAGCGCCGUGACUUCGCUUCAGAGCAAGUGCCAAGACGACUUGGACCAAUUCUUCGAGUUGGUGGGUCAGGAAGAGAUCGAGGAGAUCUCCGAUAACGAGGUAUUGGAGAGAAAACACUCUUCUGGGAAUUUGUCAGCCAGGGGAGGUGCUGUCAAGCCAAGCAAAGUUGCAGCUCGGAAGAAAGAGAUGACCAGGCUCAUUCUUUCUGGAGUUCUGAAGGCUUUGCUAAACCAUGCAGAUGCUGUUGUGUCAGCAACGCUGCAGGGGACUAUCGAGACGGAUGGAAAUGGAGAGCCAGUAAUUGAUGCCCUGACCCAGCGACCUCGGAUGCGCGAGCGCUCGGGCAUUAUGGUUCGUGUGGAUGAGAAUUCCAACUCACCAGGGCCCCUGCAUUGGAUGCUGCCGUUCAAGUUCAACAACAGUGGGCAGCUCACUCUGCGCAAGUUGCUUUUCAACGAGCGCAAGCUGCUGAGAGGGAGCAACCAAGGCUUGGGCUGGCAUGCCAAAGUGAAGCGGCGGCAGCAAGGAUUUCUGAAGUCCAUUGCCAUGGCCUCCAAUUGCUGCGACAGACAAGUCGAUGAAGACUCCGGCCGUCCCGAAGUGGCAUGGGGCAGGAAGCUUAUUGAAGAGAUCGGAUUGCAUUACGAGGAUGGGACGCCAACCAUCAACUGCAGCAACGCGGUAAAUCUGCGAAUUUACCGAUUGUGCACAGAGGACUAUGAAGUGCCAAUGAGCCCAAACGCUCCACCACACCUCUAUGACGUCGAGGUCCUCAAGCUGCUAAAGGCGUUGCAAUUCGAGAUAGCUGCUGCAUGGGCAUCCAUGUGGCGAGGCAUGUUGCAGGAGCUAACCGACAGAGACAAAGUCAGGGAGUUCGUACAGUCCCGCCUAGAGAGCGAGGACUCCAGCGACUACGGUGGAGUGAGGCUUGAAGGAUUCAUGGAUCGCCAGAACUCGAGCAGCUUUGGGCGCUUCUUCUCUCCUGAUGGUCGACAGAGGUUUGGAGACCGAGAUCCUGCGCUGGAAGCAGUUGAUGCGGUUUGCAACUGGCUCAGUGGAUCGCGGGCUCUUCCCAUGGAUAUGCUCACCACAGAGGAAGAGGUGAAGCGGGCUGGUGAGGAAUCGAAGUGGCCUGACCACCAGGCCUUCAUUGACAUCCUGAAUCAAGUCGAUGCUCAGAAGGUGAAGACAGCAUUCAUGGCAAACAAGAACACAAAGCUGGCAGGGCAGCCGUCUUGGCUGCGCCUGUGCGACGAAUUUGUGUUUGUCAUCCUGCAGCUGAACAUGAAGAGGGUCACAAAUGAGGAACUCAGCAUGGCAAAAGCGUCAGCUGGAAUGAUGUCUGCAGCAGGACAGCAGGAGAUGAUUGCAAAGCUCGCUUUGCACCGCAUGUCGCAGCUGAACAUGCACAGCCAGAAGGUGUUCAUGAAACGCUUCAACUUCUUGUGGGCACGAGAUGUGUCUACCGCUCUGACUGCCAUAGAAGGCGUUGCACAAAGUCUGAAAAAUAGCACGAAGAACGGCAUGAACGGAUCAGAAUGGCUUGAGGAGCAGAUGCACAGCUACAAGGACAAGGUCAUCCAAGGGACUCUUAGGGCUUUGCAGGAGAAGUUUGAUGGGCUGUUUCCCGUUGACUUUGCUAUCCUGAAUGGUCGAUUUCCACUCAACGCGCAGAAGCUUCGGCGCCAGCACUUUGAGCUUCAGGCCGAUGGCAAGUCUGUGCGGCAAAGGGAUGCAAUGGCGGAGAUUCGGGACAUGUGGGACACUCCCCGCUACAGCAAAAUGCAGAGCGUUGUGGUCUCGGCCCCGGAUGCUAAAUCUGCGAGUGGCCCGGGAACAAUUCAGCUCAGCGUGAACGGCACGAUCAAUGCCUAUGAGAAUCUGCAGGAGCAGCGGGAGCGUGUGGAGCAGAUUUUCAACUUGCCAUGUGUGGAUCCACCACAGCCGGACUACGCGGGUGGAGCAUUUCAGGAGCUGUGCUUGAAGUUCUUCAAGGGCAUCCAUGUGGAUGCGAUCCACUUUUGCAGACCACGGCUAAAGGCAAUGAUGGCCAAGCUCUAUCAGGAGGAGCACCUGAGAAGAGCUCUUCAAGAAAGCCCGGCAUUGGACUACUUGAAGGACUUUGGCGGCCACAUCCUGGAGAAACAGAAAAACAGGGUGGACAGCUUGAGGUGUAAGCUCAUGGCUAUGGAGCAAACCAUGAGAGAGACUGACCGGAAUCGAGCCAAUUCAGAUUGGUGAUGCCGCACGGAUGGCCUGCGGAACUUCUGCCGGGCUCAUGUUCUGCGGUUGCAUCGCGAGCCAUGCUAACGUCCGCGUGCUUGUGCACGGAAAAUUGCCCAUUUAAACUUUGCUGUGCGCACUGGCGGGAUCAACGAUCCCACUAAAUUUGUGUGCAACUUAUUUGCCGACCUUGCGGGCUGGUUGCUUGCUAGUGCUGACCUGAGAUGGGGAUUUGUUAGAAC